CUCUGUGCCGCGGCGGCGGGGGAUGCGUCGAGCUCGGCCCCGGCGCCCCGGAGGCUGGUGCUCUACACCAAGCCGGGGUGCUGCCUCUGCGACGGCCUCAAGGAGAAGUUGCACGCCGCCGUCCUGCUCGCCGGCACCCCCUACUCCCUCGCCUCCCUCGAGCUCCAGGCGAGAAAACCCAGAACCAGUCCGUAAUCUCUUUCUUAGUUACUUUGGAUGCUUACUUAGUUACUUUGGAUGCUGGUUGGACUAAUUCGAUCAGGAGAGGGACAUCACGACGAACUCGGAGCGGGAGCGGCUGUACCAGUACGAGAUCCCGGUGCUGACCAAGGUGCUCCCCGACGGCACCGAGCACAAGUGGUCCUCAUCUCGAUGGCGAUUUUGUUCAUGCUCUUCUCGGUCCAGCACUUUGGGGCCGACAAGGUCGGAUACACCUUUGUGCUAGUCAUCUCAGUGUGGUUCCUUCUAAUUGCCGGCAUCGAGAUGUACAACCUCGUUGUUCACGACAUCGGUGUUCUGCGGGCCUUCAGUCCGAUGUAUAUAGUGCAAUACUUCAUAAGGAAUGGGAAGAAUGGAUGGGUGUCACUUGGUGAGAUUAUCUUGUGUGUCACAGCUCAACUUCAACGACAUCGUGUUCCGUCGGUGGCACUGUGUUAUAUUGGGUAGGUGGUUUACCUGAGGAAAUUCCCACACAACGUUGCAAACACCUUCUACAGAUCCAUCCCAGCACCAAUGUUCUGGCCAGCCUUCAUCGUUGCCAUUCUUGCUGGCAUCAUAGCAAGCCAAGUUAUGCUCUCCCGUGCGUUUGCCAUCCUCUCCAAGGCUCUCUCUCUCGGUUGCAUGCCAAGGGUUCGAGUAACUUUCAAUCUAUAG